AUGGAGGUCCUUUUACCACUGACCUUCCUGGUUCUUCUGAGUGCUCCCAGCUGGGCCACAGAGAGGCACUACUACAUAGGCAUCGAGGAAACCACUUGGGAUUAUGCGCCCUCUGGGAAGAACAUGCUCAAUGGGAAGCCCUUUGCAGAAGACAGAGAGUUUCGAUCUAAAACCUACCUGCAGCGGGACCGAGAUCGGAUAGGGUCCACUUAUAAAAAGGUGCUGUAUUUUCAGUAUACUGAUGACACAUUUAAAAACAUUAUUGAAAAACCAUCCUGGCUGGGAAAUUUGGGCCCGAUUAUUCAGGGAGAGACUGGAGACAUGAUUCACGUGCACGUGAAAAACAAUGCAUCCAGGGCCUAUAGCGUGCACCCACAUGGAGUCACCUACCGCAAGGAACAUGAAGGUGCUCUCUACCCCGACAAUACCUCGGGCUCGCAGAGAGAGGAUGACCGCCUGGACCCAGGGGCACAGUACACUUACUUGUGGUUUGUGGAGGAAAAACAGGGGCCUGGCCCCAGCGACAGUAACUGUGUGACCAGGAUUUACCACUCCCACUUGGAGACCACGAGCGACUUGGCUUCCGGACUUAUCGGCCCGUUAAUAAUCUGUAAAAGAGGCACACUGAUUGGAGACAGGGAAAAAGGCGUCGAUAAAUCUUUCGUCCUGCUGCUGUCUAUAAUCGAUGAAAACCAAAGCUGGUAUAUUGAUGACAAUAUCAAAGCGUACACGGACAGUGCUCACAUUAACACCAGUGACCCUGGCUUCCGGGACAGCAAUCUCAUGCCCUCCAUAAAUGGAUACCUGUACGGAAAUCUGCCUGAUCUCACCAUGUGUGUGGACGACAGGGUCAAGUGGUUCUUGGUGGGCAUGGGUGGAGUAGUCGAUACCCACCCCGUCUAUUUCCACGGCCAGAUGCUGAUCUCUCAGAACAAGAGACAGGACACCAUUGCCCUCUUCCCUUCCUCGCUGGAAGACGCCUCCAUGGUGGCCCAGGGCCCGGGAGAGUGGAUGCUGGGGUGUGCAAAUCUAGAGAGGAUCAAACCUGGCAUGCAAGCCUUUUUCAGCGUCAGAAAUUGCCAAAAACCUUCGACAGUUGUUACUGAGACACACGUUUUACAUUAUUAUAUUGCUGCUGAAGAAAUUUUUUGGAACUAUGCCCCUUCUGGUGUGGACUUAUUUACUGGAAAAAACUUAACAGCACCUGGAAGCAAAUCCCGUCUCUAUUUUGACCAAAGCCCAACCAGAAUUGGAGGAACUUUUAAAAAAAUAGUUUACCGUGAAUACACAGAUGCUUCCUUCCAAACACAAAAGGCCAGAGAAGAGCACCUUGGAAUUCUUGGCCCCGUCCUGAAGGCGGAGGUGGGGCAGGUCAUCCGGGUCACCUUCUACAACCGGGCCUCCGUGCCACUCAGCAUCCAGCCGCACGGGCUGCGUCACAGCAAGAGCAACGAGGGCUCCUUCUACCGGACCCCCAGAGGACGCACGCCCCCACCCUCCGCCCACGUGCACCCGGGCUCGACGUUCGUCUACACCUGGGAAGUGCCGGAGGAUGCGGGUCCCACGGCCAUGGACCCCCAGUGCCUGACGUGGCUGUAUUACUCCUCGGUGCAUCGGAAGAGGGACACUAACAGCGGGCUGGUCGGGCCGCUCCUCGUGUGCAGAGCCGGAAGUCUUGGAGAGGAUGGCAGACAGAAAGGAAUAGACAAAGAGUUUUACAUACUCGCCACUAUAUUUGAUGAAAAUGAAAGCUAUCUCUUGGAUGAAAAUAUCAAAAUAUUUACCACAGAGCCUGAAAAGGUGGAUAAAGAGGAUCCAGACUUCCAAGACUCGAACCUAAUGUCCUCCAUAAAUGGAUACAUGUAUGGAAAUCUACCAGGACUGGUCAUGUGUGCAGGAGACAAUGUGUCAUGGCACAUUCUCAGUGUGGGGACGGAAAAGGACUUACAUGGCAUCUAUUUUCAAGGAAAUACCUUCAUUUCUUCAGGCUCCAGGAAGGACACUGAAGCCAUCAUUCCCCACACUUCCAACACGCUUUUAAUGACACCCGAUUCCGUAGGAACUUUUGAGCUGGUUUGUAUGACCGCUGAACACUAUCAGGGAGGCAUGAGACACAAAUACCAAGUCAAGUCGUGUUCGGAGCGAAAUCCUAAUGAAACACAGUUCCAGGAAGAAAGAGUUGUUUACAUUGCAUCGGAGGAGAUUGAAUGGGAUUAUACUCCCAGCAAGAAAUGGCAGCGGGAGCUGAAAUAUUUACAAAGAGAGAACAAAACAAGCAUGUUUAUAGAUAGAAUUGGGGCCUACCUUGGAUCCAAAUACAAGAAGGUCGUCUACCGCCAGUAUGAAGACAUCACGUUCACAAAACAAACAGUAAGGAAUGAGAACGAAACGCACCUGGAUGUCCUAGGUCCUUUGCUGAUUCUCUCCCCUGGACAAGUCCUCCGAGUGGUCUUUAAGAACAAAGCUUCCCGACCCUACUCAAUCCACGCCCACGGAGUGAAAACCAGCUACUCCACUGUGGCUCCCACCCAGCCAGGAGAGAUCCAGACAUACAUUUGGGAGAUUCCUGAAAGAACAGGACCUACGUCAAUGAACUUUGAAUGUAUACCAUGGUUUUACUACUCAACUGUGGAUGUUGUUAAGGAUCUUUACAGCGGACUGAUUGGCCCUUUAAUCGUUUGUCGCAAAGACGUCAAAGCCAACUUAGUUCACCGGGUUCUCCUCUUCAUGACCUUUGAUGAGAAUAAGUCAUGGUACUUGGAAGAAAACAUCAACACCCAUUCUGCAGAACCCAGCCAAGUAAACAAGAGUGACGCUAAUUUUCAGCUCAGCAAUAUGAUGCAUGCAAUUAACGGGAGACUCUUUGCAAAUAACCAAGGUCUGACGUUUCACGUGGGGGACGAAGUGAAUUUUUAUCUGAUUAGCAUAGGGGGUGAAUCGGACCUGCACACGGCCCACUUCCAUGGUCACAGCUUUGAGUACAUGGAUUCCGGACUGUACCGCUCAGAUGUUUACAACCUGCCCCCGGGGGUCUUCCGAACUGUGAAAAUGUACCCGAGAGAUGUUGGGACUUGGUUAUUUCACUGCCAUGUGACCGAUCACAUCAUAGCUGGAAUGGAAAGCACGUACACUGUAAUUGAAUGAAAAGAGCAUCAUGAGACCUUCUCUGCAGCAUAAAUAUUUCUUCCUGAUAUGAGUCCUGGAAGAUCCAUAAACAGAAGGAAAAGCCCCAAAGAAGAAAAACUCCAGGA